GAGAGAGAGAGAGAGAGAGAGAGAGAAAGAGAUCUUCUAUCCACUGGUUCACCCCCUAGAUGGCCACAAAGGCCAGGGCUGGGCCAGGUCAAAGCCAGGAGCUUCACCUGGGUCUCCCACUUGGGUGCAGGGGCCCAAGCACUUGGGCCAUCUUUCACUGCUUGUCCCUGGCGAUUAACAGGGAGCUGGAUCAGAAGUUGAGCAACAGGGACAAGAACCAGUGUCAGUGUGGGACACUGGUGUCCCACGUGGCAGUUUUACUCACUAAGCAAUGAAGCCAGCCCUAUUAAUUUCUUUUUAAGCUCACUGGACCAUCAGAAACCUGAAUAAAUGUUGCAAGUGCUUCUACCAGAAAGGGAAUUAAAUUAUUCUGUAGCUGAGGCACAUAGCUUUGGUUGCUUCUAUUACCAGAUGAUUAGAUUCCAGCUUAGUUUUGGUUUUAACUUUUUGCAUUUACUCUUCUUUAAAAAAAAUUAUUAGAGGGGCAGGUAAUUUGGCACAGCAGAAGCAGAUGGAGCCCAGUUAUGCUGCUGCUUGGGAUGCCCACAACCCAGAUCAGAAGUAUCUGGGUCCUGGCUCUGUUUCUGAUCCACUUUCCUUCUCAUGCACACCCUGGGAGGCAGCAGAUGAUGGCUCAAGUACUUGGGUCCUUUGCUACCCCCACAGGAGACCCAGAUAGAGUUCCUGGCUCCUGGCUUCAGCCUGGCCCAGCCCUGUCUGUUAACAGCUUGUGGGGAAUGAAUCAGACAGAGAAUGGACAAUAUAUCUUUCUCUGUGUCUAACAAAUAAAUAAAGAAAAAAAGUAGGCACUAAAAAAAAAAAAAAACAACAGAGAAAUUGUAACUCUGCAUAGGAAGAAGCAAAAGUGCUAAUACAAAAAAAAAAGUUUAAUCUGAAGCAUAGAUAUAUGUUGACAAAUAUAUAAUUUGACAUAAUGAAAUAUCCUCAGUAAAGACUGCUUUAUGAGGAAUGAAUGUGGUGUGUGAAUUAACAUUAAAGGUAGGUUUGUAUAUACAAGCCAACAGAAUACUAACUAGAUUUGUUAUUUCAUUCACAAGAACAAGGGGGGUGGUGGGAAGGUCUCAAAUCACACUGGAUUUCAACACACCAAGCCAAACGACUAAUAAACCGCCCACAAAGAAUGAAACUAUUUUGAACUCGUCAUUCUGCAAAUACAAAUUACAAUAUUCAGAUAUGCAUAAAAUUGUGUCAGGUAGAAAGUACCUGAACUUUUAUUGAAAAGAGGAGGAGCCAAAGAUCCUGAAAGGGGUGGGACCCGCCCGCAAGCUGUCCCUUGGAACUUCCUGUUGUCACCGCACCUCUGGAUUAGUUAUCUGAGCUCGCCGAGAGCAGAACCAGGGGAAACCUAAAGCUCCGCGCGAAGGAAUCGUUCCAGUGACUGUGACAAGUAUUCUCUCCAGUUUCCAUAUGCUGAGAUUUUAUUUGUUCAUCAGUUUGCUGUGCUUGGUGAGAUCAGACACAGAUGAAACAUGUCCUUCAUUCACCAAACUGAGCUUUCACAGUGCAGUGGUUGGUACGGAACUCAAUGUGAGGUUGUUGCUCUACACCAGGAAAAACUACACCUGCGCACAAAUCAUCAACUCCACAACUUUUGGAAACUUGAAUGUGACCAAGAAAACCACCUUCGUUGUCCAUGGAUUCAGACCAACAGGCUCCCCUCCAGUUUGGUUGCAGGACUUAGUAAAAGCUUUGCUCAUGGUAGAAGACAUGAACCUGGUUGUUGUUGAUUGGAAUCGUGGAGCUACAACUGUAAUAUACACCCAGGCCUCUAAUAAGACCAGGAAAGUAGCCAUAAUCUUGAAGGAGUUUAUCGACCAGAUGUUGGCAAGAGGAGCCUCUCUGGAUGACAUCUACAUGAUUGGAGUAAGUCUAGGAGCCCACAUAUCAGGGUUUGUUGGAAAGAUGUACAAUGGGCAGCUGGGGAGAAUUACAGGUCUCGACCCUGCGGGCCCUUUAUUCAACGGGAAGCCUCCCCAGGACAGAUUAGAUCCCAGUGAUGCGCAGUUCGUUGAUGUCAUCCAUUCCGACACUGACGCACUGGGCUAUAAGGAACCAUUAGGAAACAUAGACUUCUACCCAAAUGGAGGAGUGGAUCAACCUGGUUGCCCCAAGACAAUCUUUGAAGCAGGGAUGCAGUACUUUAAAUGUGACCACCAGAUGUCCGUGUACCUGUACCUUUCCUCCCUGAGAAAGAACUGUACCAUCACUGCAUACCCCUGCGACUCCUACAGGGAUUACAGGAAUGGCAAGUGCAUCAACUGCGGCCUACCCCAAGGGAAGCCCUGCCCCCUGCUGGGCUACUAUGCUGACAACUGGAAAGAUUAUUUAAGUGAGAAAGACCCUCCAAUGACUAAAGCAUUCUUUGAUACAGCUGAGAAGGAGCCAUACUGCAUGUAUCAUUAUUUUGUGGAUAUUAUAACUUGGAACAAGAGCAUCAGAAGAGGGUCCAUUACAAUCAAAUUGAAAGAUGAAGCUGGAAACACCACAGAAUCCAAAAUCAAUCAGCAGAGUGGACAGUGAGAGAGAGAGACAGAGAGAGAGAAAGGUCUUCCUUUGCCGCUGGUUCACCCUCCAAUGGCCGCCGCUGCAGCCGGCGCACCGCGCUGAUCCUGGCAGGAGCCAGGAGCCAGGUGCUUUUCCUGGUCUCCCAUGGGGUGCAGGGCCCAAGCACCUGGGCCAUCCUCCACUGCACUCCCUGGCCAUAGCAGAGAGCUGGCCUGGAAGAGGGGCAACCGGGACAGAAUCCGGCGCCCCAACCGGGACUAGAACCCGGUGUGCCGGCGCCGCAAGGUGGAGGAUUAGCCUAUUGAGCCACGGCGCCGGCUGAUGUACCCUUGAGUUGCUUCUACCUCUUGGUUUUCGUUGAGUAGAACUGUGAUAAAUGGAAUGGAGACAUCUCUUCAAGACUCUCAAUAAUUUUUUUUGUUAUAUUUCCAAAAGUAGCCUUUCUAGGUCAUAUGGUAAUUCUUCUAACUUUUUUCAGCUAUCAACACAGUUUUCCUUGGCAUUUGCCCUGUUUUCCAAUUCCAUCAAUAACACCCAAGGAUUGCAGUUUCUCCAUAUGCUCACUAAUACUUGUUCUUUCCUGUUAUCUUGAUAGUAGCCCUCCUGAGGAGUGUGUGGUGAUUCUGCCACCUUUUGGACAUUUCCAUCACUCUCUGAAGCACCUCUUAACUUUCUGGCACACAGGCUAUUCCAAGUUCACUUUGCAUUUUUUCUGACAUAGCCCUGGAAUCAACUGUUUCUCCCAGGAGUGCUGGUUCCUGUUAGUGGAGAUAAUAUUUUAGAAACCAAAAUCUGGGUACCUUCGGGUUAGUUUUACUUGUGGCCUUUCUGAACUCCAGGGGCCUGAGACAUGAUUCCCGUGGGGUUGGGGUGACAAACCUCUUGACACACAUGCUACCCCCAAACUAAGAACCAAUGUCUAGAGCAAGCCUACUGUUCCUGACCUUGCGGUCCUCCUGGCUGGUCACAACCAACUCUCUCAGUUCUCCAGAAAAACAAUACCCAAGGUGAACGCCUCCACUGAUAUGCCCUAGUGUCCACUUGGGAUUUGUAGAAAACAUCUCUACAUACUUGGGGCAAAGUGUUAGAACCUGGAUUGAUCUAUUUUAAGAUUCAUCUCGAGAAGGAGGACUGAAAAAUAGAUAUUUUCAAGCAUAACUUCUCAAUUUUUUAUCUAGUUUGGCUAAAAUUAUACAUAUGCAUCUAGCAAUGCAGAGCUGGGUCUGAAUCCUUGUGCUGCUACAUCUAAGCCCUAUUACCCAAGUAGUGUUGCACUGCAAAUACGUUUCGCUGUCUAGUAAGUAAGGAGAGCAAUCCCACCUUGCAGAAUGCUGCAGGGGAUUGGACAGAUGUGUCAAGAUGAGGACACUGUUGAGCAUACAGCAGGCAGUCACUAGCAGCAUCCCUCUCAUGCCACGUAAGGGUUAGUAGCUUUACUUAUGCCGUCCUUGGGACUCAGCAGACUUUGUCCAUGAAGAUCACCUAGAGCAAGCUAAGGGACCAACUGGUUACCUGCUUCCCAGUGAUCUGUAGGCUGCAAAACUGCAUUCUCUCAUUAGCUCUCCAUAUUUAUUAAUUUAUUUUAUUUUUGUAGCAUGGUAAGGUUUAUUUAGAAAGUGAGAAGAAUAUACAGGCACAUGAGUUCAUUUAGGGAGAGUGGGCCAGAAAAGAUAAAGGGAAUUUUAUACCCUGCUCUGCUUGUCCUGGGUCCUUGAGGAGAGAGAAACAGCCCCUUCACAGGGCUUUUAUCAGCUUCAAAAAGGGGAGGGGCCAGUACUGCGGCCUAGUGGGCUGGGUUUCCACCUGCAGCGCCAGCAUCCCAUAUCGGGGCUGGUUUGUGUCCUGGCUGCUCCUUUUCCAAUUCAGUGCUCUCUGUUGUGGCCUGGGAAAGCAGUGGAAGAUAGCCCAAGUGCUUCGGCCCCUGUACCUGUGUGGGAGACCUGAAAGAAGCUCCUGGCUCUGGAUUGGCCCAGCUUCGGCCAUUGCGACUAUUUGGGGAGUGAACCAGUAGAUGGAAUACCUCUCUCCCUCCUUCCCUCUCUCUCUCUCUUUGCUUGUAACUCUGCCUCUCAAAGAAUUAAAUAAAAUAUUAAAAGAAAAAAGUGGGGGGAGGCAGUGGUUACACAGGUCCCCAGGUCCCAGGUAAGAGGAGAGGCAUCUUAGGAAGGGGCCAUCUGAUUGAUGAUAGGAUUACGUGGGAAUGGGGUAUGUGUGGCCUCUAGCUCAUGAACUUGAUCUAUCUCCCUGACUUUUCCUACUUCAUUUUCUAUAGCCAUUUAAAAUUACAUAU